AGCUGAAGCUCUCGCUGUUUAUUGUUCCUUCCUGAACACCGACAGGGAAAAACAGGCUAACAAGCUGUCAGCUACUGUUUUCAAGCGGUUCACGCUCAGUUUUACGAAGGUGUAACGGUUGAAACAGCUGACUGCAUAAACCAGGGGCCAUGGCGUAUGCAUACCUCUUCAAAUACAUCAUCAUCGGGGACACGGGUGUGGGAAAGUCAUGUCUAUUACUACAGUUCACAGACAAGAGGUUUCAGCCAGUUCACGACCUCACCAUCGGUGUGGAGUUUGGAGCAAGGAUGAUCACUAUAGAUGGCAAACAGAUCAAAUUGCAGAUCUGGGAUACGGCUGGCCAGGAGUCUUUCCGGUCCAUCACCAGGUCUUACUACAGAGGGGCUGCAGGAGCACUGCUAGUCUAUGACAUUACAAGAAGGGACACCUUCAACCAUUUGACAACCUGGUUAGAGGACGCCCGCCAACAUUCCAACUCCAAUAUGGUCAUCAUGCUCAUUGGCAACAAGAGUGACCUAGAGUCGAGGAGAGAGGUGAAGAAAGAGGAAGGUGAAGCAUUUGCCAGAGAACAUGGCCUCAUAUUCAUGGAGACCUCAGCCAAGACUGCCUCUAACGUAGAGGAGGCUUUCAUCAACACAGCCAAGGAGAUCUAUGAGAAGAUCCAGGAGGGAGUGUUUGAUAUCAACAAUGAGGCUAAUGGUAUUAAGAUUGGACCCCAGCAUCCUACCACCAACUCAACACUGUCCAGUAACCCGGGAGGCCACCAGGCUGGAGGGGGCUGCUGCUGAAGUCCCAAAACACACCUUCCCUUCCUCCCCUUCCUCCUCCUCCUUCUCUGCCUCAUUCAAUCCUAAUCUGCCCUCCUCGCCCUCUUCAACCCUCCUUUGCGUUUCUACUGAACUGUCCGGGCCCACUAACAGUUUGUUAUCCUCUCUUUCUCUAUCGCUCUGUUCUUUCAUCCAUCCAUCCCCUCGCCCCCGAGUCUGUUGAUCAUCCCCAUGGAUCUCGGGGCGGCGACCCUAUGAGUCAACCUGACUUCCUACAGGCUUAUGAGGACAAAGUCAGCUUCACCUGCAGAUUUACUCAUUCAAUUCACAAGAUUUCCACAUCACCACUUAUCUUUUGGUUUGAUAGAGAAAUUUUAAGCUUUUUAUUUUAUAAUAAAAACACACUUUAUGGAAUGUUAAUUUUACUCUGGCAGUUUAAUUGAUACAUUUCCUCUUAACUCAGAAAUAUCAUUGGAUUAUUUCAUGAGCUCAAAAAUUGCACAAAGCUGUCUUUGGCAAAGGUGAGCUGACUUUGUCUGAGAAGACACAGAACCAAGGGUAGAAAUUAAACACACUUUAACAGCUGACUUUGUGGAAUAAACCAGGCACUGCAUUGUGUCUACACACACACAUCUGUACAUGUUUUUAAAGACAAAGUUGAUAGCAGGACAUGUUUGUACAUGCUGAGUCAGUUUUCAUGCCGUGCCUGUGUGUAUAGGGACAAUACAAGCAUGCCAGGAUGUGGGAGGUACUCAAGUCACUGUAUUAUUUGUCUAUAAAAAAAAAAUCUGCAAAUCAUGUCAUUUUUGUCCAUCCUUUCCCUUUUUUAUUUUUUUGUUUGUUUUUUGGUCAUGUUACUUUGCUCUCUUCCAGUCUUUGUGUCCAUUUUGUCGACUUGCAGAUGAUUUGUAUUUAAUGAACACUAAAAUCUGGUUGUGGCUUAAAGAGUGUUUUAAACCGCCUGGAUAGAGAAUAAAAGACCAAACUGUU